AUUUUACCUAUGGUCUCGAAAACAUUCUCUGAACAAUUUUGAGGUAGAAAGUAUAUGCAUAAAAUAAAAAAAUACGAAAAGUAAAUCGUUUUAUUAGUAACCAAAAUCUGAAUUAUUACUACCCGCCCUGCACAUAGAAAACAUGUAUUGCCAACUGGAGCGACAAGGCAAAGGUCACAGCGGCUGGUCCCGGUACUGAGAUACCGUACUGAACAUACCACAACUACCGUAUGUGUUAAUAGCACGAGGAAUGAUAACAUAAAAUAUAAUUUGAUUCGUGAAUUUCGAAAUUGGGUUGCAAGUGCAUGAAAAUACAGAUAGUAGAUGUAGUAUCAUAGAAGACAUUAUUGCAAAGACAAAUGACUUGUAAAGAAUGGUUUUUAAAGUGUUGAAAUAGUUUGCACGCCAUGGUAAAUGGGGAGAUAAUUUACCCUACAUUUUUCCAAGUGUGUUAUCUGCCAGGGACUAGUGUCAGCAGUUGAACAUUUAUUACUCAAGUUUCUGUAACAAGAUUGAGAAAUGUCUUUGCCUGAAGCAAGUAGUUCUGCUGACAAAGUUGUGGUUCAGAACAUUGCCCAAGAAAAUCUAGAUGGUGCAACAGUGAUGAAUGUGCAGGUGCCUGAAACCACAGAAAAUGCUUGUCAAUUGCUGAUGAAUGAAACAAACCCAGAUACAUUCAAAACCGCAAAGAAUUCUGUUACAAAUAAUUCAAAUGAAUUGGAUGAACACUCAAAACAAGUAGAUUCCAAUAUCAUAAGUGUUGCAAAUAGUGUUAAUGUUGUUGAAUUGGAAGUGAACCAAUCACCUGCUAUGAAAAAUAGGAGAAAGAAGAAUAAAAAGAAGGAAUCUGAUAAUGUCAGAAAAGACAGCACAGAAGUGCCUAAUGGUCAGUCGACUAAAACUGAUCCUGACUCUGAUGAGGCAUUUAGUGUUCAACGUUUGAAUCAAGUGUUCAGUGUUUUUGGAAUUACCAAACCUAAGGAUGAAGAGAAAGGUGAAGAUGCUGCUGAUACUACUUCUGGAACAAAAUAUAAGCAAGUGGAUGAUAACUGCAAGCAAGGAGGAAAUACUGCUGGAACAAGUGAACAAACGUUUCAAGUUAGUAAUGUCAAUGUUCAACAAAUACAGCGUGUUUCGGAAUGUGAUACUUCAGUACAAAUUAAGCAGAGAUUAGAAUCUGAGUGUCCUUCUGGUUCUGGUAAGUCUAAAUCAGCAGAAAAGAGACGAAAAAUGAGAAACCUUGAACAAAGAAAUGAAAAUGCAGAAGUUGUUAGUCAAGAACAAAAGGACAAUGCUGUGGUGUCUAAAUUAAGAAAUCGUGUUAGUGGCUCUAUGGGACAGGCAGGCUGUAGUGUUCAGGCAUGUGGGAGAUCAGAAGCAGCCAAAAUCAAAGGUAAAAAAAAAUUGUCAGUAGAAAAGGGGCAUAAUGUGCAGUCAAAUGACAGAUGCUCCCAAGAUUUUGCUAAAAGUUUGGAGGAGUUAUAUCAAUUAUUGCAAAUAAAAAGCCCAAAUAAUUUGCCAGGUAGUUCGCAACAUCCCAAUCUCAAUCAAAAUCUUUUACGUGAAUUAGAUAAUUUAAAAUCCCAAAUUAAAAUAACCCAAGAGCAAGCUAAAACAGACAAAGGUGUUAAGAAAAAAAAUAAAAAGCUGGAAGUAGCAACUGAAAAUCAGAGUAAUCUCAAGAAAAAGAAGGAAAAGUCAAAAAUUAAAAAAGGAACGACAACUUCUACUGCAGAGAGAGGUGCAGGGGAUCAUACUGAAGAUUCAACACCAACACAAAAAUCUCCAGAAAAGAAACAAAAGAAAAAGAGCAAACAAUUUGAAGAAUAUUGGUCUCUUGAGGCUGUGAAGGAAGGUAUUCAAAAUGGAACUGUGAUUGAGGGCCCCAUUCGGAUUAAUCUAAAACGGUACACUGAAGCUUAUGUUUCAUCUCCGACUGGAGGCCAAGAUAUUUUGAUUGAGGGAAUUACUGAUCGCAACAGAGCUCUUGAAGGUGAUCUUGUAGCAGUACAGUUGAAAGACCCGUCAGAGUGGAAAAUAAAAAAUCAAGGCCAAGAGAAAAGAAAUGGCGAAAGUAAUGCAGACACUUCAGAAUUAUAUGAAGAAGAAGAAACAGAAGUUUUAGCAGAUUUAAGUGUUGUGGAAUUUGAUUCUAGUCAAAAGCCUCAAGUUACUGGAAAAGUGGUUUGUAUUUUGUCAAUGCAACAUUCACGAAAGUGUGUUGGGUAUUUAAAAUUAAUGAAAAAUCCAAACGAGAAGAAUGCACUAUUUUCACCUCGUGAUGCUCGUAUCCCUCGGAUGCAAAUUCCUCAAUACAAAUGUCCAAAAGAUUUUUGGCUGGAUCCCGCUUCCAAGGAAAAAACUUUGUAUAUGGGGAAAAUGGUAAAAUGGACAGCUGGAUCAUUUGCAUUGGGGGAAAUUGUGAAGGAACUUGGACAAACAGCCGAUGUGCAUGUUGAAACAGAAGCUAUUCUACUGGACAAUGAUCUAGAUGUGACACCAUAUCCAGAAGAAAUCUACAAUCAGAAGGAGUGUAUUUUUACUAUUGAUCCUAGAACAGCAAAGGAUCUUGAUGAUGCUGUUUCGUGUAAGGAACUCGAAAAUGGUAAUCUUGAAAUAGGAGUUCACAUAUCUGAUGUUACGUUUUUCUUAGAAGAAGAUUCUGUUUUGGACAUUGAAGUUUCAAAACGAGCUACUAGCGUCUAUCUUGUUGAUACAGUACAUCAUAUGCUUCCAGUUGAAUUGUGCCUCAUGUGCUCUCUUUUACCAGGAGAAGAUAAAUUGGCAUAUUCUAUUAUAUGGGAAUUUUCAAAAAGUGAUGCAAAAAUUAUAUCUCAGAGGAUUGUGCGUUCAGUGAUUCAUUCAUGCGUAAAAUUUGCAUAUGAACAUGCACAGGCAAUGCUAGAUAAUCCUGAAAAUGAAUGGGAUCCAAAUGAGUUUCCCACCAUUGGAAAUGGAUUUUCAUUGUCUGAUAUUUGCAAAACGGUAAAUAAUCUUCAAACAAUUGCAAAGAAAUUACGAAAUCAGCGAUUCGAAGAUGGAGCACUCCGUAUUGACCAGACAAAGUUAUUUAUGGAACUUGAUCAAUCGGGCAUGCCUAUGGCUGUGCAUGAAUAUAUUAAUGAAGAGAGCCAUCGGCUGAUUGAGGAAUUUAUGCUAUUGGCAAAUAUGUGUACUGCGAAAUUUAUUUAUGAUAACUAUCCAGACAUAGCAUUUCUGCGAAGUCACCCAGAACCACAUCAGUGGCCUUUAGAGCAGUUGCAAAAUGCAAUGGCGUCCAGAGGAAUCCACUUGAACAUUACAUCUGCAGGAGCCUUACAAGCUUCUCUGACGAAAUACUCUGGAUCUGACUUUCUGAGUCGGACUCGCCAUGCAGUAUUGAAUUCAUUAUGUGCUAAGACAAUGACUCGUGCUAAAUAUUUCUGUAGCUGUGGUGUUAAGGAAGAGGAGUUCUGGCACUAUGCUCUUAGUGUUCCAUUUUACACUCAUUUCACAUCGCCAAUACGUCGCUAUGCAGAUGUAAUGGUUCAUCGUUUGUUAAAUGCUGCUUUGAACUAUUGUUCAAAACCAUCAUGGAGUGAAAACCAUGUUUCAGGAAUUGCUGCAAAUUGCAACAAAAAAAAAUAUACAGCCAAACUAGCUGGAGAGCAGAGUAUUAAACUUUAUUUAGCUAUAUAUAUUAGAAACCAACCAACAGUUAUUGAAGAUGCUGUAGUUAUUGAUGUGAAAGACUAUUCAUUUGAUGUCAUAGUCAUCAAGUUUGGACUGACAUUACGAGUGUAUAUAUCUAAACUCUCUGUGGAUUUAGCAAAUGAUCCUAGUAAGAAGUCCUCACCAAUGAAAAUUGUUUGGCAUCCUGAUGAUGAGAAUGCUUUAACUACAUUUCAAGUUGUAGAUGUAUUCACCAUAGUGAAAGUGUUGAUUCGUUGUGAUGAUUCUUUAAAAUUGGAAGCAGUAUUGAUCCGACCAGAAAAUCCAGACAGAUUACCUUCAGAAUUAAGUAAAACAUGAUAAUUAUUGUAUCAUGUGUACAUCUCAGGUAUCUGUUUUUGUGAUUUGGAAAUAGCUGAAUUAUCUUGGGGACCAAGAGACGUUACAAAAUGUGCUCAUCAUGCAGAAAAUGUUCAGGUAAUAUAAUGCUAUAUCAUUUUGCAUUUUACUGCUACAAUACAUUUUUCUCCAAAGAAUUCAUGUGUGACGAUUCCAGAUAAAUGGAUGAUUUGUUAGAUAUAUUUUUUCAUUGUGGGAAAGAUAUUUUUAAGAGUGUUUCUGUGUAAAUCUCUAUUGCAAAAACUUUAAUAAGGGACUCUCUAUGACAUUAAGAAUUUAUAAAGGAAGUAAAAUACAAUAUUUACCCGAAUAUAAGACGACUCUGAAAAAAGAUGAUCCCCUGAGUUCGAAAAAGCUUUGUGAUAUUUUUUUAAACUUUAUUAACUUAUUCUUACUAUUUAGUCAAAAUAGAAUUGCAAAUUGUUUAAUUAACUAUAAAAUUGCCAUGAUGAGAAUAUUAAAACAUUUUCCCUGAGCUCUCACUAUUUUCUUCUUUUUUAAAAUCAUCAUUGUGGAUUUUAUCAAUACCAUCUUAAUUGUUUCUUGCUUUAUUUCUGGUCCUCGCAUACAGUGGUCGCUGGUGCUGAAAACCAGCUGUAUCCUAUUUGGCUUAGCUCAGGUAUCCAGGGCUAAGUCAAACAAAUUUUAAUCCCCCUUCCUGAAAAUACACGUUAUUAAAAUAUUUUGAUAGAGUAAAUUUUGAAUAAGUACACUAACAAUACUAUAAAUGCACUAAUACUAUAAAUAUAAAUACACUAUCACAAUACUAUAAAUAAUACACAAUAUAUUAACAUACGUUUAUUAUUUAUCAAAAGUCUACGAGGCUUGAUCUGCUUCUGCCCAUACUAGGUCGACCUCUUACAUUUUGCUUCCACCACCACCGAAAAUUUUUCACUUAGAAUGUGUGAUCUUAGUCAUCUGUCGCCGUGCGCCAUCAUUCCCUUCUGUUGCCAUAUUUUCUAUCUGAUGCACACUUGUCCGUGGCCUCUGAUUCUUUAAUAACCAUGAACAUUAAAUUCGCAUAAUCUAGUUGUGAACCACGGUUUAUUAACAGUCCCGCAGAUUGUUCAUUUAUAAAAUUUUUCCCCAAGCUGAAAAUGGGCCCCACUGAAAGAUCACUAGUGGCCCAAGUGAUAAGGAAGCUGCAAUCCCCUUUUGGGAGCCGUAUGUUUACAAAAUAACAAUAAUAAAUCUGAACAAUAAAACAAAUGUUUCUUAAAACUUAAAUCCACGCUACCUGCGCGUCGCGCUAUCUAUGGGUGCGUUUGUAGUACACCAGACUUAGAGCAGCUUGGGAGCUCUAGUGUCGCGCCAGGCCCAAAUAUUUACUCGGAAACUGCGGUACUGUGUGUGAACUAUGAAUAUCAUUUCUGUACAGAUGUUCCGCAGGAGAGAGCGAAGUUUCCAAUGUUUGGGCAUUUUUUGCUCUCGACUUUUAUCACAAACCAGGCGGAAUUGGCUCACUUUCGCGAGAACAUGAAGAAUGACGAGGCACCAGCGCAAGCGGAAUGACAUAUUUUUAACAUCAAACUUUAAAGACGCAGUGACGCUUCGCUACUCGUGUUUACGAGGUUCCGGGCUUCUGUCAACGCGAUUAACAAAACAUACUCGAGUCUGUGCAACCUAUGAUUUUAUAUGCAUUUUAUGCGAAAGAAAGAUUUUUCAUUCACUUUUAAUUUAACAUUUUGACACUUCGCUGUUGAAGUUGGUUGACGAGGCUCCGGCCUUCGUUGUCAAUAGCAGAAAUCCCAGAGUAAUAUCUUCACGAUGGAAUAUCUCACGCCAUUUUGGAUCUUUCUCGGUCGUGAUCGCGACCGUGUCAAGCAGUGCGAUGUGUCUAGCGGCACGACCGAGAAAGAUGCGAAAUGCCGUGAGAUAUUCC